AUGUGUAUUACUUGUAAAGGAUGGACAGCUACCCGGAACAGGCAGCCAGCAUCACGCCCAGGCACACUGCCAGUGCCAGGCAAGCACAGAGGGGCCCCGCUGGAGUGUGGAGCUCUGUGUCUGCGCCGCCGGGGCGCGCUCCGUAGGCUCCUGUCAGCAGCUAGCGUGGCCGAUCCCAGGGCGGCCCUCGGGCGGCGAUCGCUGCCUCCGGCUUCGUGGCUUGGCUCCUCCGACGGCCGUCCCGGGCAGCGGGAGUUGGCGGCGGGAUGUGCUCGGCCGGGGAGCUGCUUGGCGGCGGCGGCGGCGGCGGCGGCGGAGAGCACCGAGCCGGAGCCCGGGGCGAGCCCGCGGCGGCGCGACCGGCGGCCGCAGGAGGAGCAAGAGCAGGUGAGCCAGGAGGGGCGGCGCGGUCCGGCCGGUUUCCCGAGCCCCACGCGGCGGCAGAGGGAAGUGGCCCGGAGGGCGGGCGGCGCCCGGGCUGUGCUCGGCUUGGGGCGCUGGUCGCCGCGGCGUUCUGGGAAGCGGCCCCGGAGAGCGUUUGGACGGAGCCCUCGGGGCCGGUCCGCGGGAUCGCGCGUGUGCGCUGCCAAGUGCCGGCCAGGAGUAGCGUGCCUGCCAGGGUCAGCGCCGCCCUUACCCACCCGUCGGGCAGAGGCUUCUCAGGCCGGAGCCCGGGGGUCUGUGGAAGUGCCCUCCAUAACGGUCACUUAUCUAAAAGCCUUACAUGUAAACAUUCUUCAACUUCGAGUUCAUACCCCGGUGCUGGCCCCGGCAGCCAGUGGCUCCCCUCCCGACUUCCAUCUUGUCAUUUCUGAACUCACACCUGGCGCCUCUUGUAAGGAUAUUGAAGAAUCACAAAACCCCACUGGCGAGCCUGUUGGAGAUGACUACAAAAAGAUGGGAACACUUUUUGGUGAACUGAACAAAAGCCUCAUCAACAUGGGCUUCACAAGGAUGUAUUUUGGAGAACAAAUUGUAGAACCAGUAAUAGUCAUUUUCUUUUGGCUUAUGCUGUGGUUCCUUGGCCUACCAGCCCUUGGACUAGUUGCUAUUCUUUGCCUUGUCAUUAUUUAUGUGCAACAGUAA